CCAUAUGAUGUCAUUAUACACAUUCAAAGCCUUAAAGAUUUAGUGAAGAAUGGCUGGGAAAUUACAGUACAUAAUACAGCAAAAAUGGCAAAACCAUCUAAAACUGUAACUGAGUAUGAGGCCAGCUUAACAGUUGGUAUGCUCGGUUCGUACAAUCGUGGAAAAUCCUAUUUACUAAACCAGCUCUGUAAAACUCAGUUUCCCAGUGGUCGUCUAUUACCGACAGAUGGUAUAUCAAUUACUGCAUCACGAGAGACUGUGGCAAACCUUAUUUUUCUUGACACAGCUGGUACGGAUACACCAGUAAAUCAAAGUGGACU